GCGCCCCACGGCCCGAACGACUCUCUGGACUUCCCGGGCGUCCCUGCAAGGACCGCUUGGCCUUUCCUAGCAGGGAUCGUGCUCAUUUCUAGUUCCCGAGUGCCUGCGGCGCCCUACUCGCCGAGAAGCUGCACUCACCGCAGGGGCGGGCCCCAGCCUGCGAUCGCGGCACCAGCAGAAGACUGAUCUUUGAAAAUAUGUAUUUGGGAGACAGUCACGUUGUAUUGAAUACCUUGUGCUGGUGCUGCCACCGAAAAAUCUGGUUACACUCUGGAGAGGCCUGCUACCACUGCAGGACUGAACCACCGCAGCCCUGAGAUGAGUGACCGGCCUGAACGGGCACACCAUGAAUAGAUACACAACAAUCAAGCAGCUUGGGGAUGGAACCUACGGGUCUGUCUUGCUGGGGAGGAGCAUCGAGUCUGGGGAACUGAUUGCUAUCAAAAAAAUGAAAAGGAAGUUUUAUUCCUGGGAGGAAUGCAUGAACCUUCGGGAGGUUAAGUCUUUAAAGAAGCUCAACCAUGCCAAUGUAGUAAAACUGAAAGAAGUUAUCAGGGAAAAUGAUCAUCUUUAUUUUAUCUUCGAGUACAUGAAGGAAAACCUUUACCAGCUCAUUAAAGAAAGAAAUAAGCUGUUCCCCGAAUCUGCCAUACGUAAUAUCACGUACCAGAUACUGCAGGGGCUCGCAUUUAUUCACAAACACGGCUUCUUCCAUCGGGACUUAAAACCUGAGAACCUCCUCUGCAUGGGACCAGAGCUUGUGAAAAUCGCAGAUUUUGGAUUGGCCCGAGAAAUCCGAUCAAGACCUCCAUACACAGACUAUGUAUCGACCAGAUGGUAUAGAGCUCCAGAAGUACUCCUAAGGUCUACCAACUACAGCUCCCCCAUUGACAUCUGGGCCGUGGGCUGCAUCAUGGCAGAAGUGUACACUCUGAGGCCACUCUUCCCUGGGGCCAGUGAAAUUGACACCAUAUUCAAAAUUUGCCAAGUGCUGGGGACACCGAAAAAGACCGACUGGCCUGAGGGCUAUCAGCUUUCAAAUGCUAUGAGCUUCCGUUGGCCGCAGUGUAUUCCCAACAACUUAAAGACCCUGAUUCCAAAUGCUAGCAGUGAAGCAAUUCAUCUCAUGAGAGACAUGCUUCAGUGGGAUCCCAAGAAGCGGCCAACAGCUAGUCAGGCCCUUCGAUACCCUUACUUUCGGAUUGGACACUCACUGGGCAGCAUCACCCAAAACCCACAAAAUUUAGGGAAACCACAGAAAGAACUUCUGGAAAAGGCAGGUCCCCCUCCCCACAUUAGACCUGUCCCUCCACCCCAACCUCCAACCAAGCCACACCCUCGGAUUUCUUCUCGACAACAUCAAGCCAGCCAGCCCCCUGCACAUGUUGUGUACCCCUACAAAGCAGAGGCCUCCCGGGCAGAUCAUCUGAGCCAUCUCCAGGAGAACACGCCAAGUCCGCUGCUUUUCCCAUCCAUCCACAGCAAGAACCCUCCGUCGAAAAUCCUAGCUGACCUGGAGCACAAAAAUGGUGAAAUCAAGCCAAAGAGUAGGAGAAGAUGGGGUCUUGUUUCCAGGUCAACAAAGGAGUCGGAUGAUUGGGCUGACUUGGAUGACUUGGAUUUCAGUCCAGCCCUCAGCAGGAUUGACUUAAAGAAUAAGAAAAGGCAGAGCCAUGAAACUCUCAGCAGAUUUGAGAGUGUUUUGGACCUGAAGCCCUCUGAACAUGUGGGUACAGGAAGUAGUGCCCCCACACAGACUUCCUCUCAGAGGCGAGACACGCCCACCUUGAGAUCCUCAGCCAAGCAGCACUACUUGAAGCACUCGAGAUAUUUGCCUGGAAUCAACAUAAGAAAUGGCAUAAUCCCGAAUCCAGGCAAGGAUUUUAUUCCAUCUAAUUCAUGGUCUAGUUCUGGUUUGUCUGGAAAAUCUUCAGGGACGGUAUCAGUAAUCAGCAAAAUAAAUUCAGUUGGUUCCGGCUCUACAAGUUCUAGUGGACUGACUGGAAACUACAUCCCUUCCUUUCUGAAAAAAGAAAUUGGAUCUGCUCUGCAGCGGGUACACUUGGCACCUAUUCCAGAUCCUUCCCCUGGUUAUUCUUCUCUGAAGACUGUGAGACCUCAUCCUGGGCGACCCUUCUUCCACACACAGCCUCGAAGCACUCCUGGACUGAUGCCCCGGCCCCCGGCUGCCCAGCCAGUGCACGGUCGGACGGACUGGGCUUCCAAGUACGCCUCUCGGCGAUGACUAUUGUGAGACCCAACGUAGGGGAGAGAGAGCUUACACUUUCCCUCGACUCCUUGUGGUAUUCUACCUUCAAGAAGCAUGUAGAUGAUGGAAACACAAACACUUUAUAGUUAUUUUCUAAAUGGAAACAUUCCAAUCUUCUUUUUAAAGUUUCUUUCUUUUUUUAAAAUGUUGAUUUGAAGGCAGUACUCUUUUUUUUGUAUAAAGUUAUUUUAUUCUAAAACUGGGUCCCGUUAUUUUCUUAAACAGCAGCAUUUUGUAUAUAUGGAUUAUGUUAACCUUUUAUACAGCCAACUUUGUAAUGGAUUUU